AUGAUCGUUGAGGCAGAUUUGCAGACGCCUCACCCUGGAGGACCAUCUCACCCUGGAGGACCAUCUCACCCUGGAGGACCAUCUCACCCUGGAGGACCAUCUCACCCUGGGACCAUCUCACUCUGGAGGACCAUCUCACCCCGGAGGACCAUCUCACCCCGGAGGACCAUCUCACCCCGGAGGACCAUCUCACCCCGGAGGACCAUCUCACCCCGGAGGACCAUCUCACCCCCUGACAUAUACACCCACCAGCCACCAGCCCCCAGCCACCAGCCCCCAGCCACCAUCCACCAGCCCCCAGCCCCCAGCCCCCAGCCCCCAGCCACCAGCCCCCAGACACCAGCCCCCAGCCACCACCCCCCAGACACCAGCCCCCACCCCCCAGACACCAGCCCCCAGCCCCCAGACACCAGCCCCCAGACACCAGCCCCCAGCCACCAGCCCCCAGCCACCAGCCCCCAGACACCAUCCACCAGCCCCCAGCCACCACCCCCCAGACACCAGCCCCCAGACACCAGCCCCCAGCCACCACCCCCCAGACACCAGCCCCCAGCCACCACCCCCCAGACACCAGCCCCCAGCCACCACCCCCCAGACACCAGCCCCCAGCCACCCCACCCACCAUCCACCAGCCCCCAGCCCCCAGCCACCACCCCCCAGACACCAGCCCCCAGCCACCACCCCCCAGACACCAGCCCCCAGCCACCCCACCCACCAUCCACCAGCCCCCAGCCACCACCCCCCAGACACCAGCCCCCAGCCACCACCCCCCAGACACCAGCCCCCAGCCACCCCACCCACCAUCCACCAGCCCCCAGCCACCACCCCCCAGACACCAGCCCCCAGCCACCCCACCCACCAUCCACCAGCCCCCAGCCACCACCCCCCAGACACCAGCCCCCAGCCACCCCACCCACCAUCCACCAGCCCCCAGACACCAGCCCCCAGCCACCCCACCCACCAUCCACCAGCCCCCAUCCACCAGCCUCUAGCCACUCCCCACCAGCCCCCAGCCACCAGUCACCAUCCACCAGCCCCACCCACCACCAGGCCCCACCCACCACCAGGCCCCAGCCACCACCAGGCCCCACCUACCACCAGGUCCCACCCACCACCAGGCCCCAGCUACCACCAGGCCCCACCCACCACCAGGCCCCACCCACCACCAGGCCCCAGCCACCACCAGGCCCCAGCUACCACCAGGCCCCACCCACCACCAGGCCCCAGCUACCACCAGGCCCCAGCUACCACCAGGCCCCACCCACCACCAGGCCCUAG